AUGCACUCAAUACUAUACCUCAUCCUAUUCCCCAUCACAAACUUUGCCCUCGCACAAGAUGAGCAACAAGAAGUAUACGAUACCUGCAACUGCUACUGCUGCCCAUCAUCAUGCACAUCAGGUACCAUGCCUCCAAAAGCGGGAAAUUAUUCUAUUGUGAAUAAUGAUAUUACGUUGUGCUCUGCUGGGUUAUGUAAUGUUCACUUCCCAAACGAAUGCCCAAACAUCUUGCAAAAUCGGAUGGCCAUUGUACGUACAAACAUGACUUGUGAAUCUUGUGUUGUGAAUAAUAGUAGGGGACACGAUUCGUCUUCAACUGGUACAGGAUCAUCACCAUCAUCAACUACUACGAAUAGUGCUAAAUCUGAGGGCCUGAAGUUACAUGUAUAUUGGGCUACUGGUGGACUUGGACUUGUUGUAUUGUCUUGGUUGAUUUGA